CGUAAACAACAACGAAUACUACAACUUUAUCUCGCCACCAAAAUGAAGUUCUUUACCACUACCCUUGUCCUCGCCAGCGCUUCGGCUGUUACCAUUGCCAGUUCCCCCGGAACCAGCAGUUUCGAGCUGUGUAAGAAGUGGAUCAAAGACAACGAAUGUCCAGUAGGUUUUAAAUACAACGAACUAGCUAAGGAUGUCCGAAUUAAGCCCCAUGGAGUUUCUUGGUCCACAUUUGACCCUAUGGUUUUGUGUUGCACACCCGAUCAGUGCCAUGACAUGAUACCGUGUGGGUCUCCAUGUGACAAUGGAUACAAGACUGGUCACGAUGGAUGUGAACUUCCCGAGUGCCGACCUAAAUCAUGCCCUGCAGCUAAGCCCCAGAUGGAAUUUGAGAUGUACUGCCAGUGGGGAUUCAAACUGGGUGAAGAUGGUUGUGAGAUUGCUGAGUGUCGUGAGGAGCUCAAUUCCGAAUGGCUAACAUGCAAGAACAAUAACCAGGAUGUGUGCAAGGAUAAGUAUAACAAGAAAGUCAAGAACAACAGAAAAUGUCAACGCUGGUUCAACAACAGUCAUCGCAAUAUGAAGUGUGCAUCCCACUUCUGUUGCAAAGAUUAAAUGAUUUUCUAUGUUCUUAAAUGGUGAUACUGUUAGUAUAUUGCGAAUGAAGCGCGAAAGCAACACUGAAUAAAACACAAGUUGUAUUAUAUUUAGAAUAUCACAAUUCCUUUAAUAUUCUGAUAAUUGUACGUCGAGGUGGCGAUCGGGUUCUCGGUUCUCAGGAUUCGACGAGCCUCUCAGUGGUACAAUACUCUAUUAAUGUCAGCGGGCCUAUUAAUCACAUA